GGGAUAUAAUCUCAAAAGUAUUUAAAAUGUGAGAACCCCACAAGUUUUGAUUUUUUUGACCAACAAUGCCAUUUAGCUCAGAAAACUACCAACAUCCCGAAUUCAUAGUUAAGGAGAUCGAAGAAGGAUUCAUUAAUCUUCAGUUCAAUAACCCCAAGACCCUUAAUGCAUUUGCUGAAUCCACAUGGAGAGGGUACCAAGAGCUUUUGGAAAAGUUAGAUAAAGACCCAGACACCAACAUUAUUUUGAUUUCAUCUUCAAUUGAAAAAUCGUUUUCGAGCGGAUUGAACUUGAAGGAUGCAGCCAUCCUCACACAACUUGCGGAAGAUGAUAGUUUGUCAUACAGGCAGAAAUAUGAUACGCUAUACAAACACAUCAUUGAAUUUCAGGAAGCCAUUUCAACACCUGCCAGAAUCAGAACCCCAACCAUUUGCUUGUUGAAUGGGAUCUCAUAUGGUUUGGCGAUGGACAUUGCUGCUACCUGUUCUAUCCGUGUGGCGGUUGAAGGUGUCAAAAUGUCCAUCAGAGAGAUCAAAAUCGGUAUUGUUGCAGACAUGGGAUCAUUACAAAGGCUUCCAUUUCUCGUCAACAACAAGUCUAAGUUGAACCAAUACGCUUUGACAGGUGAAAUAUUUGGCGCUCAAGAGGCCUAUGAUAUUGGAUUGGUGAGUAAAGUUUGCGCUGAUUUGAAGUCCGGUUACGAAUAUUGCCAUGAGCUUGGUAGUGACAUCAACCAAAAUGCUCAAUGGGCCAUUAAAGGGACGAAAGAUUCUCUUCAAUUCAUUAACAAUGGUGGAAAUGUCUCAACAGGCUUGUUGGACAUUGCCGACUACAACGCCAUUCACAUCACCAAAAUUCCUAGUAAGUUUUAGUAGUAUGUAUUGCGAAAAAAAGCGACCUGAAAAUUUU